UCUAUUCACACGUUGUUAAGUAGAGAACUAUUCCUUGUUAGUAUAUUCUAUGAUAUAAUAUAAAACGUAACGAUUUUGGUUAUGUUUACCGUUGGUUAAAUAUUUUGUCCAAAUAAAAUGAUAUCAAUAACGAAUACAAUGGCAUUGUUGCGUAUUUGUUGUAAUACAAAUUUGGCUGCCACUGUUAAUGGUUUACAUACAUCUUCAGUAACCUGUUUGAAUGUGGACUGGAGGAAGAAGAAGGGUUUACCAAUUAAUGCAAACAGUACUGGUCCUUUGGUUAAUUUUCCAGACUUUUCCUAUAAAGAUAAUAGACCUACUCCAUAUGGAAUUAGACAAUUAAAACGCAUUAAAAAACACCAGGAAUAUGUGAGCAAGAUUAUGACGUUAACUGGUGAAAUUGAUUAUGCAGUUGAAAGACAUGCUAAAUUGCUAAAACAACAAGAGGUAAAAAGACAAAAGAUAUUGGAUAGCAAAUUAAAACAAAAAGGAAAAUUAUUAAUAACAGAUAAAUAGAUAUUUUUAAUAUAUUUUAUGUAUAUGUAAUUAU